GCCCUGGGCUGCCACUCUGUUGUGAGCAGUCGGUUCUAGCUGCUAUCUCGGUGACCGGGCGCUCCGCCGGCAGACAGGCGCAGACAUGACUUCUACCAACACGUUCCAUGGCCUGGAAACCGCUAACAAGCCCAGUUCUAGGGUUUUGAAGCCGCCGGGUGGAGGAUCAAGCUGCAUAUUUGGUAAUGCCGAUGAAGGUGCUGCACCAAGACGGCAGAACAAAAUGUCCUCUAACAUUUUUGAAGGACCUUCAGAGCCAGAAAACUUACCAAAGAGGUCCAACCCCCCGGGUGGAAAGACAAGCAUCUUCCAGGACCCGGAGCCUGUAAAAUCGCCCGUACGGCAAAAAACCCCCGGAGGAAAAGGCAGUGAUAUUUUUGGUGAUGCCAAGCUGCCGUCAAGCCCUAAGGCACAUCCUAAUAAACCUAAGGAUAACAUCUCAUUAAAACUGGAAGUUAAAAAUAACCCAACACCAGUGAAAGUGGAUCCACCACCACCGCCACCAACUCCUGUCCCAACACCAGAAGAAAAAAUACCAGUUGCCAAAGAAGAAAAAGUUGCGGUGCCAGACCCAGGUCUUGCAGCACAUGAACCACAUCUCGGUCCCCGGCCAAGGUGUCACAACAGAGUCCUGAACCCACCAGGAGGCAAAUCUAGUGUCACUUUCUAUUAAGUUACAAUGACAGAAUUAGCAGGGUGACCCAGGAGACAAGCAGCUCUACAGUGUGAGGACUCCAUCAAACAUUAGUUUCCCCGAAACCCCUUUGAGUGCGACAUGCAGGGCUGAUAUAAGUGCUUACUGGUCACGCCUGAGCGGAGUUCAUCUCCACCUUAAUUAUGGGCUGAUUCAUUUCUUUACAUACCUGUCUCUGAUACAGAGAAACAAAUCCCCUGCAUAGAUAGCUAUAGAGUGAAAUAUGAUGUGGUUUACCUGUAGCCACCACUAGGGGCAGCGUACUACAUACUGUGUUAUUGAGUUCAAUCAUGUAUGCUGCAAGCUCCCUCUAGUGGUGACUGCAGGUAGGCAGAUCUUUACCAUUUCACUAUGUCUAUCCAGCGCAAUUAGAGCGGUUUAUCAGAAGAAAUUGGGGUGGAAUUUAAAACCUACUUAGAAUUUUUUAUUUUUUGCAGUGUGACCAUGACUAUUCAAUUAAACACCCACUUCUAACAUAUUUAAAAUCAUGACUUUUUAGUUCUCAUAUUGAGAUGAUGUAAAGCAGUGCUGCUUUUCUAGACGUACAGACGGGUGGCAGUCAGUGUGCUUGGAAAUAGUGCCAUGUCCUGAGCCGCCCUAUUAAACCCACUGUAUUGUUUGUGUGGAUUUUGGCUCUCGGUCAUACCCUGCUGAUUCUGUUACCUGUUCUAUUGCCUUCUGAUCACCUCCGCUUUUAAACAACAUGCGCUUGCACCCGCCCCAUCCACCACUUGGAACAUCCCUUUAAAAGAAACAUUCGGGGGAGGGGAUGUAUUCUGUGUAUUGUAUUGUCGCGGGUUGUUAGGGGGUGAAACAUGACAAGGGGCUUCAAUGAGUAUACGUGUGUCAUGCUCCACCCCCUCAGGCCCUGUACAAGGCA